GCUUGGCUGCUGAGCGUAUUGUUUCGCAGACUGUGGGCAGCUCGGCGUGUGGAUGCUGAGGGGCGGCGGGCGGCGGUGUGAAAAACGGCAGAGAUGAGGAGGAACAUGUCGCUGUGAGGACGGUUCUGUCAGCACAGAGGGAAAUCUUGUAUCGGUGUGUCUCACCAGCCACCUUCUAGCCUUCUUCCCACCACUGUCAAGGUAGCCAUGGCGACCAGCGCCGUGCCGAGCGACAACCUGCCAACCUACAAGCUGGUGGUGGUGGGGGACGGUGGCGUUGGGAAAAGCGCUCUAACUAUCCAAUUUUUCCAAAAGAUCUUUGUGCCAGACUACGACCCCACUAUAGAGGACUCGUAUCUUAAACACACUGAAAUAGAUGGACAGUGGGCGAUACUGGAUGUGCUGGACACCGCCGGGCAGGAGGAGUUUAGUGCGAUGAGGGAGCAGUACAUGAGGACAGGAGAUGGUUUCCUCAUAGUCUUCUCUGUCACGGACAAGGCCAGCUUCGAACACGUCGACCGAUUCCAUCAACUCAUACUACGCGUCAAAGACAGGGAGGCCUUCCCCAUGGUGCUGGUUGCUAACAAAGUUGACUUAGUUCAUCUAAGGAAGGUGACAACAGACCAAGGCCAAGAGAUGGCUGCCAAACAUAAUAUAACUUAUAUUGAAACCAGUGCCAAGGAUCCUCCAAUGAAUGUGGACAAAGCCUUUCAUGAACUGGUCCGAGUUAUAAGACAACAGGUCCCAGAGCGAAACCAGAAGAAGAAAAAGAAGAUGAAGUGGAGGGCAGAACGUUCCACUGGUUCCCACAGAUUCCACUGCUCCAUAUUAUGACCUCCCUUCUCCUCUGCAUCAUUCAUCGCAUACACACACAAACCGACAAAAAAAACAAAACAGCUUUGGAUGUCAGGGAACUCCCCAGCAGUGUUUAACUACUGGAGCAUAAAAGCCAGAAGGGGGUAGAUGUUUUACUGAACAGCUUCAUGGAUCCUGAGAGAUGAAGGCUGAACUUACGGGUGUCUGCUCAGUCCUUCGUGGUGCAUCGGGAAGACUGCUUUACUCUCCUCUUCUGUCAGAGGUUUUUUCCAGCCUCUCUCCUCUUUUUGUAAUGAACACUGAAGCAGAACAACAGCUGACUGUUGGACUGGUGAGCGUAACUAACUCCGACACAAGACUUCAAACCCUCUGGGAGAAAAAUACGGAGAUAUGAAACUUGUUUGAGCCCUUUAGAGGGAGCAAAGGAAAAGGGAAUAACUGGCACAAAGUGGUGCCUCUUGUUUUUUCAUUGAUGAAAUAUUAUCUCACUACAACAGCUUCGGGGGGAAAUAAAGCCACAGUUGUUUCCCAGUGGGCUUCUUUUAUUAGAGAGUGGGCAUCAGAAGCGAUGGUAUGACUGAAUGUGGAAGUGGUGAUGGUUAUUUUGGUGGCGUUGCAGUUAAUUUGGUGUAUUAAGCGUAUAACACGCAUCAUGAGGUCACGGAAAUAGAAAUGUGUCGUAUAGAAUGGCCAUGUCAGCUGUGGAGUAUGUCUUUUUAUGAUUAUAAUUAAAAAAAUAAUAAAUUAUUGUUAUGUAUUAAGAUCUAGUAAGAGCCAUGUUUACAGAUACUUCUACAGGAUUUUAUUUCCCCACUCAAACAAGAGCCACUUCAUUAUACCUAUUUAAAAAUGUGUGUUUGUUAAUCUCUUGUGUGUUUGUAAGUGGUGUGAUGAUCCUUGAUCAAUACUGUAUGAGCAUUAUGUUUUGUUUCCUCUCAUUCUUUUUUUUUUUUUUUUACUUUCGAACUGUACAAAUGACAGAUGUGAUUAUAAAAAUAUGUAACUAUAUGUGGCAAUGUUGACAAAUUCACUGCUGUUUCCCAGAAAAUAAAAUCUAUGAAUUUGUUAAUAAAAUAGAAUAGAUAAGAGAUAAAUGAGCAGACAAGGGGCUGGAGCUGCUGAUUUGCACUGGCCACAAACCAAAACAAUGUGAUGUCACUUUAUCUCAAUCCAGGGGCAUUUCCUGCCUCCUCCAUUGACUUCAGGACUACGACAUACGGUGAUCAGUGCUCAGUAAAGUAAGAGGAGGAAUCGGUCAGUGUCAGGAAUCCUGCUUGAAGGUUAGUGCAGUGUUGCGCUCUUCUGGCAUGAAGCCAUGUUGUCCUACAGUAGCCACAGACCAGAUCAGUGUCACGGUGAGGUGGAACGUGCAGAUUAAUCUAUGAAAAUGGCUCGUACUGUUAUUAGACUAAAGUUUUGGUGGGCGGCUUUCUCUUCAGGAUGCGCACCAACUCUUCAAGGAAUACGUUUUUGCACUUUGAAAACAAUCUCUGACUUUUUCCUGUUGGCAUGUUGUUUUCUUUUUUAAACCUGUAAGUGAGCUGAAAGGCACGGUUAAACAAGUAUGUGUAUAUCUGAAUGUAAAAUGAUAAAGUAAGCAAACCGCUGAUUGGAGUUUAGCCUUGUGUGCCUGCGUAUGCCUGUUGCCUUGGCCAUGAUUGUAAAACAGAUCAACUAAUUUGAGGUGAAAUCAUUGAAAUUGUAUGGGAAGCAAAAGUUGCAUUAUUACCCAGUUUUAAAUUAAGGUGCUUAUAUAUGAUGUUUGACUGAAUGACCGACGCCUGGAAGUGGAACCUCAGCAGAAGAAGAAACUCUGCUUUUAUCAGCAGCUUCUGCUAAAAGGGACAUUUUUCCAGAGAAAGACUCAUAAAAAAACAACUUGCUGACUUUUGAACAAACAGACGGGAUGGAAGGGGAGCAAACAUACUGAAUGUGUUCAUGAAACUAUUGCAUCAUGUGUGUUUGAUACCAUUUUUGUAUUAUUGAUAUGAUUAAUGGAAAGUGUUUUUAAGUAACUGAAUAAUUUAUUUCUGUCUGUUACCUCACUGUGUCCCAGACCUGGACAGAAAAAAAAAAAUCUAUUUUUUUCCUCUUGCCUUUGAGUAUCUGUUCUGUAAAUUGUGGACCAAGAUGGAAAUAAAAAACUGAUUUUGGUCCUGGGAUGAAAAUAAAUCUCUGCUUUAUUGGA